ACGUAUGGGCUUGUAGUGUUUAUUCGCUCAGAUGACAUGGACAAAAAAAAAUCUUGAAGCUCCAUUAUCUUCUACAGUCUCGUCGAUACUUGAGCGGGAAAAGGAACUGACAAAGUGGAAUUACAGAACCAAAAAAGCUUACAGUGAUAGCACCACACCCAUAGAAGAAGCGAAAGAGAGUGCAAGCUGAUAAUUGAGGCAACAAUUUAGCUAAAAGAAGUUAUAUAGAGAGGUCAUUCCCCGCAUUGACGUUUUCUUGAGCUGUAAGAUAAGCAGAGGGAAAGGAAAUUGUAAAGAAAAUGAGUUGGUCUUCUUGUAGCAGUCUUUGCACUUCAAGUUCUAGACAACUGUUGGUGACUACUGAUUUAUCGAGCCAACUGAACAUACCCUCUAGACUAUCAAAUGUUGGUUUGAGGCAGAAGAGAAGCCUUCAUGGACAUCACGGAGUACCAAAAGUUUUUGCUUAUUAUGGCCUUAAAACCCCACCUUAUAAGCUUGAUGCACUAGAACCAUAUAUGAGCCAAAAGAUGCUCGAGGUACACUGGGGAGAGCAUCAUCGUGGUUAUGUUGAAGCUCUUAACAAACAGCUUGAGAAGAAUGACAUACUUUGUGGAUGCACCAUGGAGGAACUUAUCAAAGUGACAUACAACAAUGGAAAUCCAUUACCUGAAUUCAGUGAUGCUGCCCAGGUAUGGAAUCAUGAUUUCUUCUGGGAGUCCAUGCAACCGGGAGGCGGUGACAUGCCUAAAUUAGGACUCCUUCAGCAGAUUGAGAAGGAUUUUGGUUCAUUUACCAACUUUAGAGAGAAGUUUACAGAAGCAGCUCUCACGUUAUUUGGCUCUGGAUGGAUUUGGCUUGUCUUGAAGAGAGAGGAGAAGCGUCUUGCAAUUGUUAAAACAUCAAAUGCUGUCAACCCUCUUGUGUGGAAUGACAUCCCCCUGAUCGGUUUGGACUUGUGGGAGCAUGCUUAUUAUAUGGAUUACAAGGUAACCGAUAGUUCUUCCCUUUUGCUUUCUACAAGGAGAUUGUUUCUAAUGUGCCCGUCUUUGUUUCCUCUCUUUUCACAGAAUGAUAAAGCAAAGUAUGUUAAUGUGUUUAUGAAUCACCUUGUCUCUUGGGAUGCGGCAUUGGGACGCAUGGCUCGAGCACAGGCUUUUGUAAAUUUAGGCGAACCCAAAAUCCCUGUUGCAUGAUAUGGUUCUUUACUCAGUUCUUUCAGAAAAUGCAUGUGCAAGAAAAUGUAUUUUAGUACAAAAACCUUCUGCACAGGCUUUGUUCCCCGCCACAGAAAGUGCACCGUAAGUCCUGUUGCGCGACACGGUCUUCUCUUAACAGUUCUUUCAGCAAAUCCAUGCACAAGAGCAGGUAUUUUUAGUAAUAAAACCUUCUGGAUUUGCUUCAUUCCUUAGUGGAAGGUGCAUUGUUUUGGAACAAGUCCAGCUAAGUAAUUUGGAAAAAUGUUUAAUGGAGCACAUGUUAGAUUUCUUUCUACUGUGGAUCAGCGCAAACAGAUUAGUGCUAGCUCGUAGUUUGAAAUAGAUGUAGGCGAACGAUCAGCAAGCAAUAGUAUCAUGGGAUAUGUAUUUUGUGCACUGAAUGACUUCUGUAGACUGAGCAAUUGGCUUUACAAAAAUCAAUGGGUUGAUACCAUUUCAGUUUCAUAA